AUCAUUCAGCUACAAGAUUUUACAAUUUGUUCCAGAAGUUCAAAGUCAAUUUAAUAAAUGUCACCCUUUUACCCAUUGGGCAAGUGCUGGCGGUUCAUCCAUAAAACAAAAACUGUCCACUUUGAAGACUCCACUCCACUCUAGUUUGAAAAAAAUCCCCUCUUCUUCUUCUUCCUCUACCUUUCCCGGGGGAAAAAAUGCAUCAUCGGAAACGCAAAUCUCAAGCUCCCGCCGUGCUCCACCGCUUGUUCCGGGAUCGAGCACGAACCCUCUUCGACACCAUCAUUUCCCUGCUCCCUUCUCCUCGUCCUUCGCCGGAGCUUUGCUUCUGCAACCGCCGUCGCUGCCUUGGCUGCGCCGCCGAUGCCAGAGCCUUCCUUAUCAGACCUGAUGAUCCCGCCGAUUACCGCAAACUGCUCACCAAGUGCUACGUCGUCGUUUCGGAAAAUGCUCCUCCUGUUCGGUUUUUCAUUGCUCAGUUUCUUUGCCCCCAAAUUGAGGUUGUAAAGAGCACCAUUGAAAUGUUGUAUCAAAAAGGUGCAGCCAAGUCUAAUGUGUUGUGCGCUGGUUAUUAUGAUAAUAGUAAAUGUUCAAGCCCUAUUGUGGAGCUUUUAUCCAGUGCAUCUUGGUGCCUUCUGUUAAGUAGGGUUGGAGAUGAUUUUAUGGUUUACCUACUGAAGAAUACGUCAAUAUUCUUGCCAGCUCCCCAAAGGAAACACCACCAGGUUGGAGGUCCUCCGAUCAAUCGUCGAUGCUUUGAUAUGCUCAAGAGUUCAUCAGAGUUUGACUGUCAGCAUCGUUCGCUUCAUGACCGCGGUGUGCAAAAGAGAAAAAGAACUCAUGUUGAUGAUGCAACAGUGAAAAAACAAAAGUGCCAUGUUUCUUAUAGUACCAAUGCUCCUGUUGUUGGCCUUACAAGUAAUCUUGGAUUUAGAGGCAAGCCUUCAAUGCAACUGAACAUGCAUCAAGAGAGCAGUUGUUAUGAUGUCAGUGUCUCUGAAGCUCCUACGUCAACACAAAAUGGAAAGCCAGACUUGAAUUGUGUUACCAGGCUCGGAAAGCAUUCUAGGCCAUUUUGUUGGCAGAGGCUUAGACGCAAAAAGAAGAAGCAGAUAACCUCUGAGGAAAACAGUGCCAAUACACAUUGCAAUUUGCUUCCUACAAAUACAGAUUGCUUGCAUGCUUGUUUAAAGCAUCACAACACCAGCUUAAGCUAUCAUGAAAAGUUGCAGAAGUUGGGGCAAUGCUCUUGCUGUUCAAUCUUGCAAUCUCCCUCAGCUGUUCCUAGGAGGACUGAUAUCAAAAGGCAAUCCAUCUUUUAUAACUUGGAGUCUUCACUCUCAGUGCUUCCAAAGAAACAUAUUUUAUAUUCCUUAAGGCCAAAUUUGGCUUGCUCGAAGAAUCUCAUUAGCCAUAUUUUUGGCUUCUCAGAUGUAAAUGCUAUUACUCAGUCAGUGCCAUGUUCCCACAACUGUGGUUCAUGUCUAAUUGACUCUGCAUGCUUGUAUCAUUCCCUACUUAAGUGGUUUAAGGAUGUCAUUCCUAGGACACAGUCUUGCAAGCAUGAAAAGUUCUUGGAUAAGCAUUGUGCUGUUCCAUCAUUGGAUCAACAUAAAAUUGGAAAGUCUAGCUCCAAACUUAAGGACAAUGCAUCAGGGUCAAAUGUGCACAAGACAUCUCAGGAGUUUGGUAAUAAACUUUGUGCAGAUACCAUGGAAGCAAUAUAUUCACAGCGUGAGGCAGUUAAGUCAUACUGUUCAAAAAGUCAAGUGGUAUCUUUCAUAUGGGCUGUUUCUAGAAGUUUACUUCCUUCUGAAUUAUUAGGUACGCCUCCUAAUUGGAGAAUAAUGAGGAGAAAUAUUUCCAAGUUCAUACACUUACGGAGAUUUGAGAAAUUCCCUUUGAAAUUAUGUAUGCAUGAACUGAAAAUGUCAAGGUUUCCGUUCCUAUCUAAUAAAUAUUUCUUGAGUAGUCGAAAUUCUUGGAUUCUGAAGUAUUUAGAAGAACAUAAUAAAGUUCUUCAUAAAGAAUUCAGAAGUUGGAAUGAUACUGUUCAUGUUGUCAAACGUAAGCUUCUGGAGAAGUGGAUCUUCUGGUAUUUCUCAUGUUUGGUUGUGCCUUUGGUGCAAGCAAACUUUUAUGUUACUGAAAGUGAGCAUGGGAAACAAGAUAUUUACUACUAUCGGAAAUCAGUUUGGGAAAAGUUGACUAAAAGCACUAUUGCUUGCUUCGGCUACUGGAAAUACAGUUACCUGGAUGAUGUGGCUGUACGUGAAAUUAUUAAAGAUAGACCAUUUGGAUUUUCAAAGCUCAGACUUCAACCAAAAGAAAAUGGAGUGAGGAUGGUAGCAAAUUUAAAACGUUCAUCCAUAUUCCCAUUGCCCGUGUCCACUGUGAGACUUAAGCAUCGUAGAACAAAAAGGAAAUCGGGACAGCGGGAAAUCAAGUUUGAAAAUUUUCAACCUGUGAAUUCUGUUUUACGGGAUGCCCACACGGUUCUUAAAAGCAUUCAGUUCAAGGAGCCUCAGAAGCUAGGUUCUUCAGUAUUUGACUACAAUGAUGUCUAUCGGAAACUAUGCCCAUUUUUGGUUAGCCAGAAGGGAUUGGCAUCUACUUCUGGUUUAUUCAUUGUCACAUCUGAUGUACUAAAAGCCUUUGAUUCUGUUGACCAGGACAAGCUCCUUGAAAUUAUGAAAGAUGUUCUUCCGAAAAAUGAAUGUUUUAUUAUUAAACAGUAUGAUCAAAUUAUUUGCACGAAGAAAUCUUUGUGGGUUCAACAGAAAUUUACAAUGUGGGAUGAAAACUAUUCACAAUUCACUCCUUUUGCUUCCUUUCAUUCCCAGCACGGUGUCUUUGUUAAUCAGGAGCGGAGGCAGCGUGUGAAAAAGGAAGAAUUGUUUUCAAAUCUUACAGAGCACAUGAAGCACAAUGUGUUACGGUUUGAUGGAAAAUUUUACUUGCAAGGUGUUGGUAUUCCCCAAGGAGGGGUUUUGUCAUCUUUGCUUUGCUCUUUCUUUUAUGGACAUUUGGAGAGCCAUGUGAUAUUUCCAUUCCUUGAAAAAACACUUGAAUCUCGAAGUUGCGAGGAGGAUAAUGCGCAGACCAAUCGCGAUGGCAAAUUCUCAUCGCCUGGUUACCUGCUAAUGCGAUUUGUUGAUGAUUUUCUUUUUAUAUCUACCUCAAAGAAGCAGGCAGCUAGCUUUUUCUCCCGGGUGCAAAGAGGAUUUCGUGGUUACAAUUGCUACAUGAAUGAGACGAAGUUUGGUGCAAACUUUGAUAUAGAACAGAUGUCUGGUUCCGCAAUGAACCGGGUUUAUGCGGGCAAAGAUGGCGCUACUUCAUUUGUUCGAUGGAGUGGCCUUCUCAUCAAUUGCUCCACUUUGGAAAUUCUGGCUGACUACACAAGGUACUUGAAUAACCAUUUAAGCUCAACGCUUACUGUUUGCUGGCAAGGUAAACCAGGCAUUCAUCUGAAGGAGAAGCUGCGACUCUUUCUAAGACCCAAGUGCCAUCCAAUAUUCUUCGAUUCGAAUAUCAAUUCAGAUGCUGUUGUUAGACUGAACAUUUAUCAAAUUUUUUUGAUAUCUGCAAUGAAGUUUCAUUGUUACAUUUGUGACCUAUCAUUCGUCUGCAAAUUUGACAAAAGAUUUUGUUCAGAAAUUAUUCAGAGUUCUCUGAGAUACAUGUACCGGCUGAUUAAGAAAAGGAUACGAUCUGUGCAUCGUCAAUCCGGUAUCCGGCCAAUUCUCAAGUUGGAGAAGGAAGAAGUGGAAUGGCUCGGGUUACAUGCUUUCGUACAAGUACUGAGGCGGAAGCAAUCGCGUCAUCGGCAGUUGCUGGCAGUUCUGAGGUCAAUGUUGUCAUCACAUAGGAUGUCCGAGGGAGUGUCACCUGAACUGCAGUAUGCAACAAAUGCUGAAAAUUCUUCUUUGGUAUGGGACAUAAAAUAUUAGUUCCAAAAGGUUAGUUCUGAUGAUGAUUGAACUUAUAGCAAAAGUGAUAACUUUAGUUUAAAAAGUUAUUACAUUCCCUCUCCCACAUGCUGGGGGAUAUAGAAAUAUUUUGUACCUAGUGCCGAAUUUGAUCAUUCUUUGAGAAAAAAGAUUAUAGCAAAAGUGAGUACUUAAGUUAAAUAACUGCAAACAUUUUUCAUUCCAAGUGAAAAAUUAUUCAAUAAUCUAUUUUCACAAAUUUAGCAUGGUUAGACCUGCAUGCAUAAGAGACAAUUCAGUUACGAUCAA